UCCCAAAUAACCCCAUCUUUCUUACCAAAUAAAUUUUCCCCAAUUUGCUCUCCUGCCCUCAGGUUUUUUUUUCAAAUUCGCUCCUCCAAACCCCCACCCCUUACCCUGGGGAGAAUUCAGUUCUUGCGAUUGCACCAUAACUAGGGUUUCCGUUCCGGAGUCCUCUCUUUCUCAGGGUCAACGUAUUUUUGGUUGGGGGAGGUGUGGGUUACAGCCUGCAUUGGAGGAUAUAUAAACUGGAGUCAUCGCGAUGCUGGGUUUGAAUCGUGAUGGCUUCAAUAUCGCGAGCUUUUUCUUUCAUUUGGCUGAAUGGCAUCCACUUGAAUAGCAGAGCUCAAUUGGGCUAUUGACGCCCUCUCCUCUCCCUCUGUAAACUCAGGCUUCUGGAAAACAUUUCGUUUGUUGGUGGGAGCUAUAGUUAUUACUACAAAUAUUGAGUUUCUAAUGUUCCUUAAGAGUUCCUCUCUUGCUAGAAUGAUGGGCUGCUGCAGUUGCUUUGGCUUCAUCAGAAAACCCAAGCGGAAACCAAUGCCUAAUUAUGGAUUUAAUAAUCACUGUUCCCAGGAGCUGUUGUUGGAUGAUGAUAUAGAAGAUGAUGAUGAUGGUUCAUAUAAUGGUGAGGUUACAAGAACUACUCACGCUGAUGAAAGUGAGCCACAAUGCUGCGGUAAUCGUUCUGAGGAGAUUCUACACAUCAGAGAACUGAAUGGAAUGAUUUGUAGGCCAAGCCCUGUGAAGGAAACCUGCAAAGUUGUUCGCACAGAGGAUGAAAAUGGGAAUAAGAUGGUCAAUGAGUACGUUCGUGAGUGUAAGAUUGGUGCAGGAAGCUAUGGAAAAGUGGUUCUGUAUCGAAGCCUUGUAGAUGGACAGCAUUAUGCAAUUAAGGCCUUUCAUAAAUCUCAUUUAUUAAAGCUUCGAGUUGCACCUUCAGAGACAGCUAUGACAGAUGUUCUUCGCGAGGUUCAUAUUAUGAAAAUGUUGCACCAUCCUAACAUAGUUAAUCUCAUUGAGGUGAUUGACGACCCAGAAAUAGAUCAUUUCUACAUGGUUCUUGAAUAUGUUGAAGGCAAAUGGGUUUGUGAGGGCUCUGGUCCACCAGGUGGCAUAGGAGAACAUACUGCAAGGAAGUACUUGCGGGAUAUAGUUUCAGGGCUAAUGUACCUGCAUGCUCAUAAUAUAGUGCAUGGCGAUAUCAAACCUGAUAAUCUGUUGCUUAGUCGCGAUGGUACGGUGAAGAUAGGGGAUUUUAGUGUCAGUCAGGUUUUUGAGGAUGAUCAUGACGAGCUGCGGCGAUCUCCAGGAACUCCUGUUUUUACUGCACCUGAAUGUUGUUUAGGGCUAACCUAUCGCGGUAGAGCUGCUGACACAUGGGCAGUAGGGGUUACUUUGUACUGUAUGGUAUUGGGACAAUACCCAUUCCUUGGAGACACACUUCAGGAUACAUAUGACAAGAUUGUUAAUAACCCUUUAGUACUUCCAGAUGAUAUGACCCCACUGUUAAAAGAUUUACUUGAAGGUCUUCUUUGCAAAGACCCAAACAUGAGGUUGACACUGGAGGCUGUCGCAGAGCAUACUUGGGUUAUUGGAGAUGAUGGGCCGAUACCUCAGUAUUCAUGUUGGUGCAAGGGUAAGAGUUUGCGAGAGGAAUCUAAUGGGAUGAAAGAUGAGUGUAGCAUAACCAAUACCGACUAGAGAGUUUAGGUUGGAUUUGUUUAUUGUACAGUAGAAAACUUAGGUUUUGCUCCUUCUAUUUUCUCUCUUUGGGCUUGCUAUAUGAUCUGCAACUGCAAGGGAGGUUAAUCGUGACAAAAACAAGUCUCAAAGAAACUAUCUGCAACUGCAAGGGAGGUAAAUCGUGACAAAACCAAGUCUCAACGAAACUUUUCUGGAAGCCUGGAACACGCCUUGCCUUGACCGAAAAAGGAGGCAAGAUGUUUCGGCUUUCCAAUUUUGGUUUUCCAAUUGCAAAAAUUGUUCCGGUAAACUGGCUUUUUGGAAUUGUCAUGACUUUCGUGAGAGAAUGGUGUUGUAAGUUAUACUGCAUCCGGCCCUUGGAAACUUAUCGUUUUUGGACUACCUAAAGGAGAAACAGAACCUUUUUCUCUGUUGUGUAUUUUGUGUUGCUUCGUUUCCUCUGCUACACUUAGUUUUAUAGAACAACUCACCUGGUCUGAAUAGUGGACCAUUCCUA